AUGCCUGGAGGGAGUUCCUUCAGGGCCUUCCUGAGGGAAUGGAAGGAGAAGGGCAACGAGUUCUUGAUUGGUGCAACCAGUGAACCGUUCCGGUGCUCUCUCCUCGCUUGCUCCCAUGAAGAGCAGACGAUUCCAAAAGAUGUCCCCAGGGGCCACCUGGUUGUGUAUGUGGGAGAAGAAUGCAAGAGGUUUGUCAUUAAAAUCACCUUUCUCGGGCAUCCGUUAAUCCAGGCAUUGCUUGAUCAAGCUCGGGAGGAGUAUGAGUUCAUGCCUAACUCGAAACUCUGCAUACCGUGCAAUGAGAACAUCUUCCUUGACAUUCUUCAUGAUGUCCGUUCACAGCAGGACCAAAGGUUCUGCCUGUGCCGCUAAAGGUGUCCUCUGUUCUCCGUGUAAAGACCCACAAAUAAAAAAAGUACAAGAAUUGGCCACAGACCAAACAUUGUAUCCCUACGUGACCAAGAUAAAAUGUAAUCUGCAUUUCCUUAGCAUAAACACUGUUUCUUCCCUUCCUUACAAUUUUGUUACAACUGAUGUUGAAGGGAAGCAAAGGACGUAUAUAAGUUUCUUCUGCCACCUCGGACUUCUUAUUGAAGGUCACAAGGAUAUAUGAUUGAAUUGAGAAGAAGUUUCAGACAAAAUGCGAGGGGAGAUAAAAGCAGUAUAAAGGGUCGGAGAACAGAAAAAUUGACAGCACAUGAUCAAACCCUUGACAGGUGCAUAUAGGACAUUUUGUGCAUU